AUGGGAUCUACAGUGACGCAAAUCCACUAUCUCACAAUCCCCGAGGACAAGCAUCUGACUGAUGUCAAUUCAGACGCCGGCAAGACAUGGGCAAAGGCAUUGGACGUGCUGGAAGCCCAAUCGGGAUUCCAUCGUCUAUACUGGGGUCGCUCACCUGAGGAUGAGACAAAGGUGCAACUUCAUGUUGUGAGAGAUACACUGGCCCAGCACAAGGGCUUCUUGUCCUCGGCAGAUUAUUCCAAAUUCAAAACUCUCUUGGAGCCUCUGCUGCCGUCCUCGUCAACGACCUCGUCAGAUUUUCUAGUCCGGCACGCCCACAUCCGGGACUUUACACCCGACCCGCAAGCCCUGGCGCGCGGCGCACCGGUGACGGGCACGGCCAUUUACGUAUCCACGUCGGCGGCGUGGCACGAGGGCGCGUGGCCGCUGUGGACGCACGUUGUGCGCCACGUCGACGGGUGUCUGGGGUGCACGGGCGGCAGCGUCGAGGAGACGGUCGACGGCCGCGACGGGUGUUAUAUCGUCUAUGUGGGUUGGGAGAGUAUUGGUCACCACGACAAUUAUCACCAUACGGAACAUUUUGCCAAGAACAGGAUCAUUUUGAGCAAGGGCAAUGAAGGCUGGCGCGAGUACGGCCACGUCCGUUUUGAGGGAAGUAGAGAAGGGCCGAGAAGUCUGCGAUCAAGAGGGAAGGAAAAGCUCUGA